UUUCUGCCAUCGAGUCACAUAUCUCAAUAUACACAUCAACACCAAAGUUGUUCGAUCUCGCUCAACAUCAAUAUCCUUCCAGAUAUCCAUAUCCAUAAUAAAGACUACACAUCUGUCUUUGCAUAUUAUAAUCUCGAGCCCAUCAUGGCCACCGAAGAGCGUAGCUUCAAGACACAGGACUUUACUGUACCAUCGAAUGGAUCCGGCGAAACUAUUCAAGUUCGCAUUAGCGAGCCCAACCUCACCUCGGAGAACUUAGGCCUGGAGACCUGGGCCGCCUCUCACAUUCUGGCCUCUCAACUCCACCACAUUGGUCCUAAGAUCCAAUUUCCCACCCCUAGCUCAGACGUCCUCCCUAUUCUUGAACUCGGUGCUGGCACAGGUCUGGUAGGUGUUACAGCGGCCACGUUAUGGAAACAACCAGUUGUGCUUACCGAUUUGGCACCGUUGGUUCCUGCUUUGGACGCCAACAUUGAUCUCAACUCUGAGGGCCUGAGGACCGCAAACACGCAUAUGGAGGCUGGAACUUUGGACUGGAAACAUCCGACCACCUUGAUCGUCAAGGACCAGCAGCAACCUCAAACACAGGCUCACGUCAUUUUUGCCGCGGACACUAUCUACUCAGAAGAGCAUCCUGAGUUGCUGGCCAAUGUCAUCUUGAAAUGGUUGGUGAAAGACAAGGAGGCCAGAUUUAUUAUCGCCUACCCGCUGAGAGUUUGCUACAUCGACUAUAUCAGAGAGAUGUGGGAGAGACUUGAGGAGGGCGGUAUGGAGGCUUUUGAAGAGGGAAGAGAAGAGGCCAGUCAAGAUUUGUUCAAUGACGAGAGAUUGGUCGAAUGGAGCGUCUGGAGAUGGAAGGAUAUUUGAGCUCGGCGCCGGUUAAGGAACAUGUGAUGGUCGAAAUCUAAGUGUACCAAUCUGAUCACUUUGUUUGCGCGCAUCUCAUGACUUUGUGUACAAACAAUCACUUUCAAAAAUCCUUGAUACAAUUCCGCUUUCACUGCGUUCACAAGCACCCCUUCACAUUUCAUUUACGCUUCUGAUUUCCUUCAUACUCCAUCGGCGGUUUUGGUUUCCUUCACACUUCUCAAACAACUACCUUGUCUU